CGAGAACCGGAGUCGGAACCGUUACGGGCGGGGGGCGCUGUGUGGUAACCGGAGCGGGAGGAGCAGUUUAAUCGCUUCAAAAUGGCAAGUCAAAAAUUUGACAAUGGAUCCGCUGUCAUGGGCAGAUGGCCAGGAAGCAGCCUUUACUAUGAAGUACUGAUUGUGGUAUUUGAUCCUGUAACGCAACUUUAUACUGUGCGGUAUAAAGAUGGAACGGAGCUUGAUAUUAAAGAAAAUGAUAUUAGAACCCUGGGUGCUUUCCGAACAAAGAAGAGAAGCUCAGCCUCUCCCUCAAGGCGGAGAAGCCGAUCUAGAUCACGUUCACCUGCCCGCACAAAGUCACCAGGCCGAACACCAAAGAAAAAUCAGCAGUCAUCUCCUGUUCCUGUCGACAGAGACAGUCGGAAGGGGGGCUUUUUAAAGGUCCAUCUAACACCACUGAGACUGGAAGACUAUAGCAUUGAAAAGAGCAAUGGUGAAGCAGAGGUUAUUGGAGAAACGGAUCUUCUCGGAGAGUAUUUGCGUACUAAUGUGGAGAAAGAUUACCUUAGGGAACCUUUGCGUAGUAACGUGAAGAGAGAGGAUUACUUCAGGGAGUCUCUGCAUAGUAACGUGGAGAGAGAGGAUUACGUUGAGUCUUUGCAUAGUAACGUGGAGAGACAGGAGAAAGUGGUGGAAGAGCUUGUGAGAAGUGAGAGAGUCUUGCGGUAUAAGCGUAAAAAAGAUGAUUACAUAGAAAAAGAAUCAAACAAUAUAGAAGUUGUUAAAGCAAAGCCAGUUGAAGAGCCUCGAUUGGAGUUUGGAGGUGCAAUAGGAACCUUUCUUAUGACGCUGUCUUUGCUUCCAUUGUUGUCCUAUUUGCUGUACCAUUGUACUCAGAGGAAUGUGUCACUCCUAAGUUUCUACCCUCAAUGGUCACUGGCUGAAUUGUGGAAUCCUACAGUUCUAGGAUAUUUUACUUUGUGGGUGCUUCUUAAUGUAGUAUUCUACCUGAUCCCCAUUGGCAAGAUUGCAUAUGGUGUGCCCCUUCCAAACGGGAAAAGGCUGAAAUACAGACUACAUGGACUCCAUUGUUUGCUCCUGGUUUCUGUGGUGGUAGCAGCGCUUUUGUAUUAUCAGAUCGAUCUGAUUUACAUAUACGAACACCUCCAUCAGUUUGCAGCUGCAGCUACUUUAUUCUCUGUCGUCGUAAGUGUAUAUGCAUUUGCACGUUCAUAUAGAGUCCCAAAAGAAGAUCUUUCCGAGGCUGGGAAAUAUGGCAAUUUCCUCUAUGGUUUUUUCAUGGGCCGAGAACUUAACCCUUGCAUCAGGAACUUUGACUUGAAGUAUUUUACCGCCAUUCAGCCUACAUUUAUUGGUUGGGCUUUGCUCAACUUUAUAAUGCUUUUAGCUGAAAUGAAUGUCCAGAAGCUCGACAAGCCUUCCAUAUCUAUGAUCCUGGUAAACGUCUUUCAGCUGUUGUAUGUCCUUCAUGCUCUUUGGAAUCAGGAGGGGAUCCUAACUUCUUUGGAUAUUGCCUACGAUGGUUUUGGCUUUAUGUUGGCAUUUGGAGGCUUUGUAUGGGUUCCGUUCACAUACUCCCUGCAGGCAUUGUAUCUGGUCAACCAUCAUGUGGAUGUUUGCUAUUCAACUGUGGCAGCCAUUACUGCUUUGAACAUUCUCGGAUACUUUCUUUUUCGACGUGCAAACAACCAGAAGUUUGCCUUCAGGCAAAAUCCAGAUGACCCUAAGCUUUCACAUCUGAAAACAAUCCCAACUUCAGCUGGCAGUAAGCUGAUUGUGUCUGGGCUUUGGGGAUGGGUCCGACACCCAAACUACUUGGGUGAUAUCAUAAUGGCCUGGGCCUGGUGUUUGCCUUGUGGUUUCACCAGCGUUUUGCCAUACUUCUAUGGAUUCUUCCUUACCGCCCUUCUCAUCCACCGAGUGAUCAGAGUGGAACAGCAAUGUAAAAUAAAAUACGGCCCUGACUGGCAGAAGUAUUGUCAGCACGUCCCAUAUCGCCUAGUCCCUUACAUUUACUAGCAGAGCAACUAUUGAUUUCACAACUGUUACCAUCUUUGGAUUUUACUCCGAUUUGGUGACAAGUGAAAUCUGGUUGGCCAUGCAGGCUAUUGUAAAUGUUUGAUAUUUUGUAUAUAAUGUUUUAAAGUUAUUUUUAUGUAUGCUAUAGCAGUACAGAGGGUUUUACAUUUCCCACUGACCAAGGAAAGCUAUUUUCUACUGUAAAUGUAUUUCCCAUGCUUUGCAUUUUCCGUUAGAUUGGCUUGGGUGCACAUUAAGGAUACCUACAAGGUAAUGUGCUUGUUUUUGGAGACAUGACCUGGGAUGGGCGUUAUGUAAACUCUUUAGAGAUUCACCCUCGUUAUUGUCCUGUGACCAGUGAAACAAGGACUGAAAAAGAAAACUACAAAUUAGAGUUUGCACCAGAAUAGGAAUAAGGGGGAAAUCUAUCAAUGGGCAGCAUACUGAUCUAAGAUGGACUCGCCAUUACAUUGGAAAGAGAUCCUCUCCCUUCCUGGUUUGUUUACAAGACUGGAAAUCAUGAGAUCCCUCUAAUGGGGCACAAAUGCAAUAAAAAAAAGGGGCGUUAUCCUUCCCUAUUCUAAAAAAAAAAAUUGAAAAAAAUAAAUGGCUUUUAGAUGUACUCCAGCCCCCAUCCCAACUAUAUGUUGGUCCUCGGCACAUUUAAGAAGUAAUAUCUAAAAAGUUUUAUUACAACUUUGCAAGGAUUAUGUAUGGAUGAACAUAAAUUUUAUAGAUGUGAAUAUGUAUAUAUGCUCUCUCCUUGGAUGCCAAGUACUUGUGUUUUGGGAAAAUGACACACAUGGGCUUCUCUUUAAAUGAAGUAAUAUAUUAAUCUAUGGGAGAAAAUCACUAUUCUCUACUACUAAGCCCUGAGAUGUGUUCAGUACAUUUGCUGGUAUUUUAAGCUGCGUUUGCAGCACCAAGAUGCCAUGCAAGUCUUCUAAACAUCUCAUUUACUACACUGCAGAUGUCUGUAAUGUGAAUAAAUGCUAUCCAUUCCCUUCAACGCUGCACUCAGCACAGACCUCUUAGCUACCGACUACCGUAAAUAUAGAAAAA